AUGUUGUACGUUCUCUCAGCUGCCGGAUGUCGGAGGAUCUUGCUGAUUUUAGGAUCCCUGCAGCAGCGCAUGUGACGUCAGAGCAGGUCUGGCUGAGCAGCGCGAGCGCGACAUCAGCUCUAAAGACCGCACGCAAAGCAUUCAGCUCCGAGAUCAGGCGAACAGCUUCCAAGUGGAGCAUCAGCCCAACUUUAAAAUGCCCUUAGAAGAAGGAAAAGGCUGGAAAAAGAAGACAACUGACAUCAAGGAAAAUUAUGACUUCAAAGAAGUUUUGGGAACGGGGGCAUUCUCUGAGGUGGUGCUGGCUGAAGAGAAGAAUACUCAGCGCCUGGUUGCUGUCAAGUGCAUCCCCAAGAAAGCACUGGAGGGCAAAGAGAACAGUAUCGAAAACGAGAUUGUUGUGCUACACAGGAUAAAACAUAAGAACAUUGUUUCACUGGAGGACACAUUUGAGAGUCAGACACACCUGUACCUGGUCAUGCAAUUGGUAUCUGGUGGAGAGCUGUUUGACAGAAUUGUUGAGAAAGGUUUCUACACAGAGAGAGAUGCCAGUAAACUCAUUCAUCAGAUUUUAGAUGCAGUGAAAUAUCUGCAUGAUGUGGGCAUUGUGCACAGGGAUCUAAAGCCAGAGAACCUUCUGUAUUGUAGCAUGGAUGAAGACUCCAACAUCAUGAUCAGUGACUUUGGACUCUCAAAAAUCGAGGACUCUGGAACUGUGAUGUCAACUGCCUGUGGAACGCCUGGAUAUGUGGCCCCUGAGGUUCUGGCUCAGAAACCCUACAGCAAAGCAGUGGAUUGCUGGUCUAUAGGGGUUAUUUCUUACAUUUUGUUAUGUGGAUAUCCACCAUUUUAUGAUGAAAAUGACGCCAAGCUGUUUGAGCAAAUCUUGAAGGCUGAAUAUGAGUUUGAUUCUCCAUAUUGGGAUGAUAUAUCAGACUCAGCUAAAGAUUUUAUAUACCACCUAAUGGAGAAAGAUCCAGAGCUAAGAUAUACUUGCGAACAAGCAUUACAGCACCCAUGGAUCUCGGGAGACACUGCUCUCGACAAGAACAUUCAUGAAUCUGUCAGUGCUCAGAUUAAAAAGAACUUUGCCAAGAGUAAAUGGAAGCAAGCCUUUAAUGCAACAGCCGUCGUGAGGCACAUGAGGAGGUUACAGCUUGGGACCAGCCUGGAGGGAUCCAGUCAAAUCACCACCACCAGCCCUUGCCACAGACAUCUGCUCCUGCCUGCUAAAGAGCACCACCUGGAAGAAGAUGAGGACAAUGAAGAGGAGGAGAAUGGCUCUCCGGAUAUUGAUGAGCGGCGCAACAGUGCUGAUCAGGACAGUGUCAGAAGCUGUGCAUACUGCUGUAGACCAACCAGCAGGGUCUGAGACAGACCUACUAGCAUGCAGAACCUACAGAAGGCCAGCAGAUCCCAUUACACACACGCCUAUCACCACCAGAGCUGAAUUCAAACUGUCCACCAGAGGGAGCUCGUGCAAUGAGGAAGACAGCAACAGAGGCUUGGGGAGGACUGAACAUUGCCGAACCAAGUGUUCCUUUAACUGAGGUUUCUUUAUAACACCCAGCUACUCCUGGCAGAUCAUCCGUCUCCCUCUGCAUCAUGUCACUCCGUCCACUGCAUCUUCCUUUGUCACACCAGCCACCCACCUGUCCUACCUCACCACGUCUCUAAACAUCCUUCAUGGUUUUGCUCUUCUCCUUCUGACAGUUCCAGCCUCAGCAUUCCUCAUGCCCUCAAAUGCCCAAACCAUCUCAAUCUUUCUUCUCUUACUUGGUUUCCAAACUCUCCUACCUGGGCUUUUCUUCUUAUGUAUUAACAUCUGAUCCUGUCUAUCCCUAUUACUCCUAGUAAAAAUGAAAGCAUCUUUACCUCUGCCCCGUCCAGCUCAUUCUCCUUUUGUCAGUGCCAAUGCCUCAAAACUAUAAAACAUAACCGGUCUCACUGCCGUCUUGUAAAAGUUUUCUUUUCAUAAAUCACCCCUGCCAUUCUUCUCUACCCACUCUACACUGUCUGCACUCUCUUCUGCACUUCUCAACCACACUCUCUAUUAUUAUGGACAGUUGACCUCCUCUCCUGGCUAAUAUUAUCCUGUUUCCUACUCUCACUACAGAUCACAACGACAUCAAAGUCCUCAAAGACUCCUGUCUGAGCUCAUCUGUCAACCAGUCCAUCACCACCUCCAGCUUGAGAGAGUCUGUUAUGCCUACCGCACACCUCAGUGCUGUCACAUUGUCCUCAUAUGUAUCCUCACCACCCUCAUAUACAUUUCUGCCACAUACUUCUGAUUUCUUCAUAUAGUGCCACAACACAUAUUUUUUUUUCCAAAUCUACAAACACAUACAACCUGUACAUCUCCAUUCACAUUGUCAAAGCAAACAUCACAUCUGUAGUGCUCCUUCCUUUUUUCUUGCUACUCAUCCAUCAUCUCCUCUCAGCCUAGAUUCCACUUUUCGGCCCUAUAACUGCAUGGAGUUCUGUUUUGGUCAUUAUGUUUAAUUUUAUGCCUCUGGAGUUAACAGAACUCUUAACAUAGCCCUUAUUCUUAAAAAUCAGCACAAGUACAGUUCUCCUAAACAUCUCAAUCCAUCCACUGGGAUGCCAUGUAGACCAACCGCCAUUUCAUUUUUUAUCCUCUUCAUAGCUGUUCUCACAUCAUCCGUGCUAAUCUCCCAGUUCUUGAUUUAAUGUAUCCACAUCAUCUAACCCUCUCUCUGUCAUUUUCUUCAUCAUUUUCUCAAAGUACUCAUUAACCUUCUCAACACACUCUUUAUCUGACUCCCUAGUCAGAAUAUUUCUGAGUGGAUGUUCAUUGACUUAACCUGCAGCAAACGCGUCCCCACUUGGUCUCCCUGCUGUACGAACUGAUUCAAGUCCUUUUGUCCUUUAUUAAAGUCCAAUUCUUCUGUCUUCACCUUGAGCUGUAUUUCUCUGUACAGUAAUCCCCCGCUUUACAGCGGUUUGAAUCUUGCGCCCCCUGUUUAUCGCGGAAUUGCAUAUGUUAAAAUAAUAAAAUUUAUUAAUAAAAAUAGAACUAUUUAUUAUGAAAUGAAGUAAAAUGUUAAUACAGUACAAUACUGUAUAAAUAAAAUAGCUUUUGCAGGGUGGCGUCUGUUUACCAAUAAACGGGGGAUUACUGUACUUCUGUAUUCUUUUAUCAUCUCGACUAUCACAGUUCUUUUUUUGCCAACCGCUGUUGUUUCAUUUUGUCUUAAUUGCCAAGAUCAAUUCUACUCUAACAAGUCUGUUGCACUGGGCAAUUUCAAAUCUAAAAAUAAGCAAAUGUCCAUUUAUUGCAAGUUAUGCAUUGGAAGAUUGUAAACUAUCUUUUCUUUGUUUUGUAAAAGCUGUUUUGAGCUACCAAUAUAUGGAUGCAAUGCAUCAUGGGAUACUGAUGGAUUAACGAAAAAGUUAAAGAUUUGUAUCCUUGUGGAUCUUGUAGCAGGUUCUAAAAUAAACCCUCUUGUCUAUGCAUUGUGUACUCUGUAAACUUUAUAUGUACAGUACAAAUAAAGUUCACAUCAAAGUGCUAUGCAAA